GACGACCUCUCAUCCAUACAAGGUAAUUUCAAAUGCAUACCAGUGUUAGGCUUAUGGUUAACACCCCCAUCACAGGAAAACCUUUUACCUUCAUGCCUCUAUCUGAUGUUGUCUUCAAGGAUCCUGACACAUCCUUCCUCAUAGAUGUCAUAGGUAUCUUGACUGGCUCCUCUGGUGAGCAGGAGUUUGAGAAGCAUGGUAAAGUGCAAAAGAGGAUCACACUAGAAAUUGAACAGGAAGGAGUUCGUGUCGAGGCAGCUUUUUUUGGAAAAUAUGUGGAUGAAAUUGUUGGGCAAUUGGCUUCUGGGGAUAUGACGAACGCUGUAGUUGUUGUCCAAUUUGCGAAGAUAAAACCGUUUAAAGGGAGGCCUAGCAUUCAAAACGUGUAUGGGGCAACCCAAAUUCUUUUUAAUCGUGCUAUUGAUGAAGCUGGUCCAAUUCGAGAAAGGUUUUUUGGAGACUAA